UCUGCCGAGCCGAGCCGAGCGUCGCCGAGCUGUGCCGAGAUGAGCCGAGUCAUGCCGAACCCUAGCCGAGCUCUGCCGAGCCGUGCCGAACCGAGCGAGCUCUGCCGAACCCCUCCGAGCCGCAGCCGAGGCCCGCCGAGCGGGGGCUCCUGUCCCCGCACCGGCCGUUCCUUCCUGAGGCUUCGGCCCCGGCCCGGUGGGGCUCUGCCGGGGUCUCGGUGCGGCGGGCAGGCCCCCUCGGCUGACGGCCCUCGGCGUCUGCAGCGCUGCCUCCUCCCGCCAGGCGGAGCCCGGGGCUGCGGGCGCGGCGCUGUGAGGGCCAGGGCAGGGGCCGGGGCCGGGGGAGGCCCCGCACAUCCCGGCUGGAGCCGAGGGGCGGCGGGGCCGGCGGCCGCAGCCAGCGGCAGCUCGGGAGGCCGGAGCCGAGCCGGGCUGGCAGCGGGGGGCGCAGGCCGGGCCGCAGCUGAGGGGCGCGCCGUGGUCUGGGGCCUACCUUGCCCCGCAGCAGCGGGGUCUUCCAGCCCCUCGCUGGCAUUUUCCUUCCCCGGGGGGAGCGGAGAUGCCGCCGGCCCGCAGCGGCCUGGGGCUCCUGCUCCUCGGGGCCCUCCUCACCCUCGUCCUCUACCUGCUGCUCCCGGCUGCCCAGCACAGGCAGCGCUCGGCGGGUGCCCGGCCUGAGGAGGGGAAGCAGGGCCGGUGGGUGGCCAACGCUACCGUGCGAAGGGGGAUGGCUUGGGGAGAGCCCCCUGUCUUCUACAGGGAGGUUUCCGCAGGGCCCCGGGCCGGUGACGCUGCCAGCCCCAGGAGACCUGAUGUCCUGUUCCUGCACGGCCAGGCAUUCACCUCCAAGACGUGGGAGGCUGUGGGCACGCUGGCACUGCUCGCCGGAGAAGGCUACCGUGCAGUCGCAAUAGAUCUGCCUGGCUAUGGGGAUUCUCCCCCAGCGGAGAUGGUGGCCACAGUGCAGGGACGGGUGGCCUUCCUGGACCGUGUCUUCCAGGAGCUGGGUAUGCGGAAGCCCGUUCUCGUCAGCCCCUCCAUGAGCGGCCGCUUUGCCCUGCCCUUCCUCCUGGCACGGGGGGACCAGCUGGCUGGCAUCGUGCCUGUUGCACCUGUGGGCACCAAGGACUACGCUGCUGAGCAGUACCAGCAGGUCCAGACGCCCACCCUGAUCCUGUACGGUGACCGUGACACGAGCCUGGGUCCCCAGGCCCUGCAGAGCCUCCGGCACCUCCCCAGGCACCGGGUGGCCGUGGUGCCCGAUGCUGGCCAUGCCUGCUACCUGGACAAUCCGGAGGACUUCCACCGGGCCCUGCUGGGCUUCCUGCGCCAGCUGAAGUGAGCGCUGCCUCGUCCCCUGCCGAAGAGAGGACGGGGGGACCGGGGCGUCCCGAGGGGCUGGGAAGCACGGGGGGCUGGCAGGCACGGGGGGCUGGCAUGAGGGGCACCAUUCUCUUUUGGGGUGUCCCCAGGGUGGCAGGGGUAGGACGCCGAGGGUGUCCCUUGUCUGUCACGAGGCCAAAUAAACUGAUGCUGCUCUGGUUUCUGCCUGUGUCCCCAAGCGCUUCCGGGCUCCAGCCCCAUCUCUCUGCCUCCAGCGUGGGGCAGGAGGGUCCCCUGCCUGGCCCCUGCCCACCUUCCCCCCGCCUUCAGCCCACCCUGCGCCCGCAGCUCCUCCCCUGCCCGUCCGCUGCCGGUUGCGGGGCGGGGCGG